ACAAAAGUCAUUGUCCAGCUGCUUCAAACGACAUCAUGGCUAUCACCAAGAUCCACGCCCGUUCCGUCUACGACUCUCGUGGCAACCCGACCGUCGAGGUCGACAUUGUCACCGAGACCGGUCUGCACCGUGCCAUCGUCCCAUCCGGCGCUUCCACUGGCUCCCACGAGGCCUGCGAACUCCGCGAUGGCGACAAGACCAAGUGGGGUGGUAAGGGUGUGACCAAGGCUGUUGCCAACGUCAACGACACCAUUGCCCCAGCCCUCAUCAAGGAGGCCAUCGACGUCAAGGACCAGUCCGCUGUCGAUGCCUUCCUGAACAAGCUCGACGGAACCAAGAACAAGGAGAAGCUCGGCGCCAACGCCAUUCUCGGUGUCUCCAUGGCCAUUGCAAAGGCUGCGGCUGCUGAGAAGGGUGUUCCUCUCUACGCACACAUCUCCGACUUGGCCGGCACCAAGAAGCCCUACGUUCUCCCUGUACCCUUCCAAAAUGUCCUGAACGGUGGUUCCCACGCUGGUGGCCGUCUUGCCUUCCAGGAGUUUAUGAUUGUUCCUUCAGAAGCCCCUACCUUCUCGGAGGCCAUGCGCCAGGGUGCCGAGGUCUACCAGAAGCUCAAGAGCCUCGCUAAGAAGAGGUACGGACAAUCCGCCGGCAAUGUCGGUGACGAGGGUGGUGUCGCUCCCGAUAUCCAGACCCCCGAGGAGGCCCUUGACCUCAUCACCGAUGCUAUCGAGGAGGCUGGCUACACUGGCAAGAUCAAGAUCGCCAUGGACGUCGCUUCCAGCGAGUUCUACAAGACCGAGGAGAAGAAGUACGACCUGGACUUCAAGAACCCCGACAGCGACAAGAGCAAGUGGCUCUCAUACGAGCAACUCGCUGAGCUGUACAAGUCCCUCGCCCAGAAGUACCCCAUUGUCAGCAUUGAGGACCCCUUCGCCGAGGAUGACUGGGAGGCCUGGUCGUACUUCUUCAAGACCUCCGACUUCCAGAUUGUUGGUGACGACCUGACUGUCACCAACCCCGAGUUCAUCAAGAAGGCCAUCGAGCUCAAGUCCUGCAACGCACUUCUGCUGAAGGUUAACCAGAUCGGUACCAUCACCGAGGCUAUCCAGGCUGCCAAGGACGCAUUUGGUGCUGGAUGGGGUGUCAUGGUUUCUCACCGCUCUGGUGAGACCGAGGAUGUGACCAUUGCUGACAUCGUCGUUGGUCUCCGCGCUGGACAGAUCAAGACCGGUGCCCCAGCACGGUCUGAGCGUCUGGCUAAGCUCAACCAGAUCCUCCGCAUCGAGGAGGAACUCGGUGACAACGCCAUCUACGCCGGACAGAACUUCCGUACUGCCAUCAACUUGUAAAGUUGCCGUUAUAACGCAAACGGUUCACUAGAUUAAAGAAAUGCAAGACAAUGACGAGAUGAAGCACGACGAAAAACAGCUGCAAAGAUAUCCAAGAGACGUUCGCAAGGAAAAGCAAAUCAGAUCUCCAACAACUGCCAUGCC